UUAUUUGUAGCUUAUAAUCAGUUUGCAACUGUAAACAUUUCUUUCAUUUAAUGGCAGACAACAAAAAGGGCUGAGAUUUUGCAGCCGCGACCCACCUAAAUUCGUGAUCACGCCGGCAUCCUUUUCCUUUUUAGCUAUCCUUUCCUUUUUGUUGCUAAAAAAGAAGCUUUUGUUUUUGAUAAAAAAAAAAUCCUGCAGAGCUGGACCAGAGAGCAUUUUACCUCUUCACCUUCUCCGUAUGCUAUCUGUUCAUUUUCUUUGGACAAGUAACUCUUUUGAUUUAUUCCCAAGUUUUUAAUUUAUUUUCCUUCCUUUUUUCUUGUUAUGAAUCUUUGAAGCUUAAAAAAGUUCAAAUCUCUUUGUACCCACGUCUUGAUUUUUGGUAGUAUAGCUGUGAUCAAUAUGUAUGCAUUGAUUUUUUGACUUUUGUUGGGUUUACAUUAAAUUCAAUCAUUUUUAAUAAAUUUUUCUUAUAUAUGUGGCUAUUGAUGGCUUAAAGAUCUCAUUCUUUUUUUGCUUGUUUUUGCGUAUUCCUUUUGCUACUUUUAGGUUUCGGGUUUUGUUCUUUGAUAAAUUUGGACAACUGAUACUAGUUCAGAAGCUAUGCCCUGGAGGGGCAACUCUGAACUAGUGAAAGAGAUAACAUAACUGAAGUACCUUCUGGACUUUUGGAUGUUUGAUUUAUUGUUGGAAGUUUGAUAUUCUUAUGUUGGAGGUCUUGUGUAGUGGGUAUACUGAAUGUUAAAGAGCUGGAUUUUAAAUUUAGUUUGGGGUAUCAGUUAUUUUGGUUAAGUUGCACUAGAUGGUCAUGGAUCAACCUUUAAUAGGACUAUAUGGUUCUGUCAGUGGCUUGAAGCUCAAUGAUGAGAUACUGUCUGUUUUAUCAGGUCAGGAGCUUGAUAAUGGGUUACAAUUGGACAGGGAUUUUGUCAACCAAAACUAUGUUAAACUUCCUCCUUAUGCAACCCCUAGUUUUUCAGUCUCGUCUUCAACUGCAAGCCAAGAUGGUGAUUUGCAUGAGGACUUUGAUUUUAGUGAUGUGGUUCUUAAGUACAUUAGCGAUAUGCUUAUGGAAGAAGAUAUAGAAGAGAAGACCUGUAUGUUUCAAGAAUCUUCAGCAGCACUGCAAGCAGCUGAGAAAUCAUUGUAUGAGCUUAUUGGGGAGAAGUAUCCCCCUUCAAUUAAUUAUGACUCUGCAGCUCAUUUAGUUCAUAACCACAGAAGGUCAGAUGAAAAUCAUGACUUGAACUAUGUUAAUUGUACAAGCAGUUCAAGUAGCACUAGUGGUAGUAACUUAGUUGAUCCUGGUUUGAAUUCUGAUUUGAGCGAGUACAAGUUCUCGAGAUCUGUAUCGCAAUCAGCCUCCCAGUCAUCCAAUAGCUCUGGAUACAGCAUAGGUACUGCUGCUGAUGGGCUAGUAGAUUCUCCAUUGAGUACAAUUUCUGAGAUAUUUAGUGACAGCGAGUCUAUUCUGCAGUUUAAGAAAGGAUUUGAAGAAGCAAGUAAGUUUCUUCCAAAUGGUAGUCUGUUUAUUGAUUUGGAGAGUACUGGUUUGUUUCUUAAAGACCUGAGAGAAGAAACUAAGGAUGUGACAACUAGGGCUGAAGAGAAUCACGAGAGUGAGUAUUCUCCAGAUGAAUCAAGAGGAAAGAAGAAUCCUCAUCCUGAUGGUUUGAUUUUAGAGGGCAGGAGUAACAAGCAGUCUGCAGUUUAUACUGAAACAACCGUCAGUUCAGAAGAUUUUGACACGGUAUUGCUCAACUGUGGAGAAAGUGAAUCUGCUCUUCGUGUAGCCUUGCAGAAUGAAAAAAAUAAGGAUGUCCAACAGAAUGGAACAAAAGGAUCAAAUAGUGGAAAAGGUCGAGGUAAGAAACAAAAAGGUAAGAGUAACGUGGUGGAUUUGAGAACUCUUUUGACUCUUUGUGCACAAGCUGUGGCAGCAGAUGAUCGGCGGAAUACGAAUGAUUUGCUGAAGCAAAUUAGACAGAAUGCUUCUCCUACAGGGGAUGGUAUGCAGAGAAUGGCCCACAUUUUUGCUGAUGGCCUCGAGGCACGCAUGGCUGGUUCAGGAACCCAGAUAUACAAAGCAUUUAUGAGCAGGCCUACAACGGCUGCCGAUGUUUUAAAAGCUCACCAUCUGUUUCUUGCUGCAUGUCCAUUUAGGAAGCUAUCCAAUUUCUUCUCAAAUAAAACAAUCAUGAAUAUAGCUCAAAAUGCAACCACACUUCAUAUUAUUGAUUUUGGUAUUCUUUAUGGUUUCCAAUGGCCUUGCCUUAUUCAGCGUCUCUCAUCCAGGCCUGGUGGACCUCCCAAGCUGCGGAUUACUGGGAUUGAUUUUCCACAUCCAGGUUUUCGACCCGCAGAAAGGGUCGAGGAGACAGGACAUCGCCUAUCAAACUAUGCAAAAAAAUUUAAUGUUCCAUUUGAGUUUAAUGCUAUAGCACAGAAGUGGGACACAGUUCAAAUCGAGCAACUCAAGAUUGAUAAAAAUGAGGUUCUUGUUGUGAACUGUCUGUACCGGUUAAGAAACUUGCUUGAUGAGACUGUGGUUGUGGAGAGUCCAAGAACUAAUGUUCUCAAUCUUAUCAGGGAGAUGAAUCCAGAUGUUUUCAUAACUGGAAUUGUGAAUGGAGCGUAUAAUGCUCCAUUCUUUAUUACACGAUUCCGAGAGGCUGUUUUCCACUACUCUACUCUGUUUGAUAUGCUGGAGACUAAUGUGCCUCGUGAGAUUCCAGAGAGGAUGCUGAUUGAGAGAGAAAUCUUUGGAUGGGAAGCUAAGAAUGUCAUUGCAUGCGAAGGGGCCGAGAGGAUUGAGAGGCCAGAGACAUACAAGCAGUGGCAGGUUCGAAUAUUAAGGGCUGGGUUUAGGCAGCUUCCCUUGAACAAAGAGAUCUAUGCAGCAGCAAAGGAGAAGGUGAAUGCACUAUAUCAUAAGGAUUUUGUGAUCGAUGAAGAUAGCCGAUGGUUGCUUCAGGGCUGGAAGGGUCGGAUUGUUUAUGCACUCUCUUCAUGGGAGCCUGAUCAUUGAAAAUUCCUCUUGCCCUAUAUCAAAGUGAGGAUCAUAAGAUUCUACUUGUGUCCAAUUCCCGGUCCAUGUGCCCAUAAGAGCUUCUGUCAUGGAUUUCUCAUAAAUGAAUUCUCAAGCAGGAGACUGGGAGUGGAGUUUUGCCUGCUGCUGUUGAUUAUGCUAUUACAAGCCUGCAGUUUCAGUUACGAGGAAAAAAGAAAGGAGACAGGAAAAGCAAAAGAAGAACCUAAAAACUGGUUCAAGGUGGCCAUGAAUAUUUAUCAAUUCAGACCUUAUCAAUAACAUGUGUACAUUGCUCUUCUUUUUUCUUUCUCUUCUUCAAUUCGUCUUUUUUUUUUUUUUUUUUAUAAUAGAAAUUGUAACAUGUGGUAGUCAAAUUUGCCAGUCAUUUUCUUAUCUGCGAAGCAAGAUGAUGUAUCGUACCUAAUCUAUGUCUAGCUUAUAUUAUUGUAGAGUUCUGUGAAAUGGGGUCCCAUUCUGUGAAGAUUCAGAACUCUUGAAAUACAUGGUAUAGGCUAGCAUUGUCCGGUUGUAUAUCAGUAAUUGAAUUUAAAAAACCUGUGGACAUGGUCGUCUGUUUUUCUGCUUA